GUGUGUUGUGCAAAAAUGGAAAGGAAGAUGGAGGAGAACGUGAGAGACGUCGACACCGGCAGUGAAGCUGGAAGAGAGGAAGCCUUAGUGGGCAAUGUGAACAAGCUGAUGGUUACUCCAACAGGAUACACAGGAGUUUCACGGAAAAGCCACCUUGUCUUUGAUGCUUGCUUCGAGAGUGGUAACCUUGGACGUGUUGACUGCAUCAGUGAAUUUGAGUUUGACCUUUUCAUCAGACCGGACACCUGUAACCCUCGCUUCAGAGUAUGGUUCAACUUCACAGUGGAGAAUGUACAGGAAACACAGAGGGUGAUUUUCAACAUUGUCAACUUCAGCAAGACCAAGAGCCUGUACAGGGAUGGCAUGUCUCCCGUGGUGAAGUCCACCAGCCGGCCUAAAUGGCAAAGACUCCCAGCUAAGAAUGUGUACUACUACCGUUGCCCUGACCAUCGGAGGAACUAUGUGAUGUCCUUCGCCUUCUGUUUUGACCGAGAGGAUGAUGUGUACCAGUUUGCCUACUGCUACCCCUACACCUACACCAGACUGCAGCACUACCUGGACAGCUUGGAGCGCAGGAACCUGGACUACCUGCAGAGAGAGCAGCUGGGGCUCAGUGUGCAACAGCGACGUCUAGAUCUCCUAACCAUCACCAGCCCUGCUCAACAGAAUCCAGCGAAGCAGAAGAAGCUUGUUGUUCUCACAGCCCGUGUACACCCUGGGGAGUCGCCUGCAUCCUUCAUCUGUCAAGGAGUGAUUGACUUCCUGGUCAGCCAGCACCCUGUAGCUGUAAUCCUGCGUGACCAUGUGAUCUUUAAGAUUGUACCCAUGCUCAACCCUGAUGGGGUCUACUUAGGCAACUACAGGUGCUCUCUUAUGGGUUUUGAUCUGAACCGUCACUGGCAGGAGCCGUCCCCCUGGGUCCACCCCACCCUCCACGCCGUCAAACAGCUUAUUGUCCAGCUCAGUCAAGACGCAGUGGGUCUGGAGUUCUACAUUGAUGUGCACGCCCACUCCACCAUGAUGAAUGGCUUCAUGUACGGGAACGUGUUUGAGGAGGAGGAGAGAGUCCAGAGACAGGCCGUGUUCCCUCGCCUGCUCUGCCAAAACGCCCCAGACUUCUCCUUCUCCAACACAUCGUUUAACCGUGAUGUUGUGAAAGCUGGCACCGGGAGGCGCUUCCUGGGCGGCCUGCUGGACGACAUGUCCUACUGCUACACCCUGGAGGUGUCCUUCUACAGCUACAUGGCAGCAGGGAGCACGGCGCCCGUUCCCUACACAGAGGACACCUACAUGAAUCUGGGAAGAAAUGUUGCCCGCACAUUCCUCGACUACUACAGGCACAACAACUUCAUUGAUGACAACAAACCACAAACCCCAAAUCACAUCAACAGUACAGAGGUAUUGUCCCAGGGUCGACAGGGGAAUGGAAUUGGGAAUGAGAAGACCUUGGGGGGUGAGAGAGGAGCAGAGAGGAAGAACCUAGACUACUAGGCACCAGGCAGUGCCACAACAUACUGGAAACACCAGUCCAGUCUGACUACUCUAUAGGGGCUCUGGACUCACAGGCCUAUACUACAUCCACACAGCCCUCAUGAAAAUUAGAUGCACCAGCCUGAGAUAAAGGACUCCUUUUCACAAAGGAUCAAGUUUGGAUAGCAUGUUAAUUGAAGGACAUUUACCCAUGGGGCUUCAUUAGAGCAAGUUUCUCUGACGUUGUAUGAAAUGUAUGGGUACGAUCAAGCUGACACAUAUACAGCUCAUGCUCCAUUUGAGGACUUCAUAUGUCAUUCUUAUAUAUUACCAUAAUGUGCUUUUUCCUUUUUAGGUGUUGCUUUUUAUUCGAAUGCAUUUAUGUACUGUAUGUCAUUGUAAAUAAGUGCAUGUGUUUUCUCUUGUAUGUAACUUAUUGUGUGUUUAUCUUGCCUCUCUCUAUCAUACAUUAUUUGGAAUGGGAGGGGUAACCCAUUUUUGGGUAGUCACUACCUUAUCAGUAGCUAAGUAUUGUGUUGAUAAAAACUAUAAAAUAUAACACACAUUUGUAAGUUUGUCAAAUUAAUGUUCAGUCAGUCUUAUUGUAUUAGUUUACACAGCUGUUUGUGAUUAAAAGAAACAAACUUGGGUUCAA